AUGGUAUAUCAAGAACCAAAGAACGGAGCUGAUUUGGCUGCUAUCAUCAACAAAGGUGGUAAAUUGAUUAUUUACUACACUGCCACCUGGUGUGGUCCAUGCAGAAUGAUGGCCAAACCAUUCUCUGAUUUAUCUGAUCAAUAUCAAGGUAUCACUUUUAUCAAGGCCGAUAUCGACGCUUGCUCAGAAUACCCACCAGUUGCCAACAUCUCUGGUGUACCUGCCUUUUUCGGAUACAACGGUACUACUUUAAUUGGUAACUUUGCUGGUGCCAACCAAAACAGUUUGAAGGAUUUGUGCAACAAGGUUCAAUCUGCUUAA